CAGCUCUACUGCGAGUAACACGCAUUUUCACAAGUUAAAGAGCAAGCCGCCGAAAGGGUUUGUAAUGAAGUGUGCCUGGUAGCUCUUCCUCUCUUACUUGAAACCAUCAAUCCAUCCGUCCAUCCAACCCCAUCAUGAGUCCUCACUCCAUAGAAGAUGAGGGGUACUCUGUCAGUGCCGACAGGAGUGAAUCGUCCUUUGAUUCCAUUCCUGAACUGAAUGACUCGGCGAAGGGCACUCAAAACGGCUUUCCCCCCAUUGCUAUAUGUGGAAUGGCUUGUCGUCUGGGUGGUGGCAUCCGCUCCCCGGAAGAUCUCUGGGAGUUUCUCGUGAACAAAGGCGAUGGCAAGGUCGAGGUUCCCGCAGACAGGUACAAUAUCGAUGCCUUCUAUUCCCCAGUCAAGAAGCCCGGUACUGUUAUUACACGUCACGCUUACUUCAUCGACGAUGACUUGACUGGGCUUGAUGGUUCAUUCUUCAACAUGUCAGCUGCGGAGAUUGAACGGUGUGACCCUCAACAGCGGCAAAUGCUUGAAGUUGCUCGCGAGGCAUUUGAAGAUGCUGGCGUGACGGGUUGGCGAGGCAGCAACACAGGCGUCUACAUGGGCAGCUAUGGCGACGACUGGGCAGAUAUGCUGUACAAAGAGUCCCAAGCCUCUGGUGUUCACAACGUCAUGGGCCAGUAUGACUUUGUCAUAGCAAACCGUGUCUCCUACGAGAUGGACUUGCGAGGACCGAGCUCUAUUUCAAAGACCGCCUGUUCUUCCUCGUUCGUUGCGCUGAGCGAUGCUUGCUUGGCCAUUGCGAGGGGAGACUGCGACGCGGCGCUCGUUGGUGGCACCAGUCUAAUUCUGACACCAAAGACGACGAUCCUGCUAACAGAGUUUGGCGCACUCUCGCCCGAUGGCUCGUCGAAGGCCUUCUCAGCAGAUGCUAACGGCUAUGCCCGUGGUGAGGCCAUCAACGCCAUCUACAUCAAACCGCUGCACGCUGCCCUGCGCGAUGGCAACCCUGUGCGCGCCGUGUUGCGGGCUGUCGCUACCAACCACGACGGCAAAACACCAGGACUCACCACGCCGGGGCUCGAUGCGCAGGAGGCUCUCGUACGCCACGCCUACAAGCUCGCAGGCAUCGAAAAAUAUUCCGAGACGGGUUUCUUCGAGCUGCACGGAACCGGCACGGUUGUUGGAGACAAGAUCGAGGCCAAUGCAGCGGCGCGCGUGUUUGGUGGUUGUGCAGAUGGCAUGCACAUCACGUCCGUUAAACCGAAUCUUGGCCACACCGAGGGAGCUAGCGGCUUGACCUCACUUAUGAAAGCUGUCCUCGCCCUCGAGAACCGUACCAUUCCACCCAACAUCAAAUUCAAGUCGCCAAACCCCAACAUCCCGUGGGAGACGGCCAGAUUCGCCGUGCCGAUAGAACCCACACCAUGGCCGAACACCAAGAAAGAACGCGUCUCUGUGAACAAUUUUGGCAUCGGCGGCACCAAUGGACACGCCAUCGUCGACUCGGCAGCCAGCUUCAAUGUGGCUCCAGCCAUCAGCGAGGCGUCUGACCAGCCCCAGCUACUUGUUUACUCGGCCAAUUCGCCUGAGUCGCUACAAAAGGUAGCCGAGAACUAUGCCCGGUACCUCGAGAGGCAUCCUGAGCGCAUCGAACACCUUGCAUAUACGCUUGCAAAUCGACGGGAGCAUUUGCCCCAUCGUGCCUUUGUCGUUGCGAGCAGAGAGAAGCCUGGCAGCGUCUCACCAGCGGUCAAGCCGUCACAAACUCCGAGCCUCGUCAUGGUCUUCACUGGUCAGGGUGCUCAAUGGCCGCAGAUGGGUCGUCAUCUUGUCCGUGGGAAUUCCAUCUUUAGGGCCCGCAUCCAGUCUUUGGACACACAUCUCCAAACCUUGGGGGGCGACGCACCCACAUGGACCAUCGAAGCGGAGCUACGCAAGCCGGCCAGAAGCAGUCGUCUCCAUCUCGCAGAGCUUUCGCAGCCACUGUGCACAGCCAUCCAAAUAGCUCUCGUUGAUGCUUUAGCGGCCAUUGGAGUAAACCCGUCUGCUGUAGUUGGUCAUUCAAGUGGCGAAAUCGCGGCUGCAUAUGCAGUUGGUGCUUUGACUGCCGAGCAGGCCAUUGCUGCGGCUUUCUACAGAGGCGUCGUGGCCAACAAGCAGCAGCGAAAGGGUGCCAUGGCAGCUAUUGGUAUGGGAUGGAACGACGUUGGGCCUUUCCUGGUUGACAAUGUUGGGGUCGCUUGCGAGAAUUCGCCGACGAGUGUGACCAUCUCUGGCGACGCUGAGAAGGUCGAGGAAGUGGUCACAGCGAUUCAACGUGACCGACCCGAUGUUUUAGCGCGGCUUCUCAAAGUCGAGAAGGCAUAUCACUCGCAUCAUAUGAAAGAAGUGGGCGAGGAUUAUUUGCGGUUAAUGGGUGACAAUUUCGUCGCUAAUGCUCCCAACAAGCCGUUCUUUUCCAGCGUCACUGGCCACCUUCUGCGACAGGAGAAAGACUUCACACUUGGCUCGAAGUACUGGCGCGCAAAUCUAGAGUCACCCGUGCUUUUCAAAGAUGCCGUGGAGGCCGUAGCCAAGCACAGUGUUGGCAAAAACGCUGUUUACCUCGAGAUUGGUCCGCAUUCCGCUCUCGCAGGCCCGCUGCGCCAGAUUUUGGCAGAAAUUGGAUACGGCAUAGCGCCGUACAUAUCGGCUAUGAUUCGUGGAGAGAACUCUGUAGAGUCCUUUCUCUCUGCCGUUGGUAAACUAUACGCACUUCAUUUCUCGGUCAAUUUCUUAGCUCUGUAUCCCGAUGGUGUCACUCUGAGCGACCUGCCCCGGUACCCAUGGGAUCACUCAAAGAAGUAUUGGCACGAGACUCGAGUCACUGAAGAGUGGCGACAACAGCGAUACCCUUACCAUGAUCUUCUCGGCGUCAAGACUUUGGAGAGCACCUCGCAUGAGCCAACUUUCAAGAAUAUGCUUCACUUGGACAACGCUCCGUGGCUACGAGACCAUUCAGUUGGGGAGGACAUCGUUUUUCCAUUCGCUGGCUACAUAGCCAUAGGUGCAGAAGCAGUGCGACAAAUCACCGGAACUGAUGAAGGCUAUCAAGUGCGCAAUGCGACCGCAACCACCGCUCUCGUAACUCCAGAAGGAACACCCGUUGAAAUCAUCACUUCAUUCCGCAAGGUCCGAAUUAUCGGCUCUCUCGACUCUGACUGGUGGGAGUAUAAUGUCUCAUCUUAUAAUGGCCACGGUUGGACCAAACAUUUCACUGGGGAGAUUACAUCUUGGUCUGGAAGCCUUGGUACUGCCAGCGAAGAGACUCUCAGUAUUCAACCACCGCGCAAAUGCAGUGCGAAGAAGCUGUACGAGACACAGGCGCAGUCUGGCAUGGUGUAUGGACCGCAUUUUCAGGGAUUGAAAAAUCUGCGGUCACCCACCAGUCUUCCAGGCUCGGGAACCGCAACUGUUCAGAAUAACCAGCUAGGAGACGAAGCAAAUUAUCAUCUGCAUCCAACGAUCGUCGAUUUCUCCAUCCAGCUACUAGUCGCCACGGCGUUGAUGGGUUUGAGCAAUGACUACCGAGUAUACCUGGCUACGAGCGUUGCAGACUUGAAAGUGACUCGCUCUUCGGCUGACCUAAGAGCUAUCGGACAUGCAUCGUAUGCAGAAGAUGGCUCGAUUGUUGGUGACUGCCAGUAUGUCACGGAUCAAGGUGAAGUUGUUCUCAACAUGACUGGCUUUGGCCUGACCGAGAAGCCUAAUCGGAAAAGCACCGACUCUCAUGCCUCGGCUCGUUUCAUCUGGAGGCCCGACAUCAACUUCCAGAGCAUCAAUGACCUCAUCAGCCCGAUAUCGACGUAUACGUCGCACGAAUCGGCAUUAAAUGAGCUUACCAAACUUUCUUUGGUACUCUCUCAACGUCACAUUGAUAGCACCAGCACAGAAAAUUCCCAUCUACUCAAGUAUCGUUCGUGGGUGACUGAGCAAGUUCGAGGCAUUGAACCGACCUGGGUGUCUACCUACGCUCAAAUGAACGAUGCUCAACUCGAAGCCAUGAUCCAGUCUCAAGCUGAGCAUCUAUCCGACACAUCGGUUGGUAGCGUAGCACUUGCUCUCCUCAAGCUUGCCACGAAUAUUACUCGGGUGUUCUCUAGCGAGGUUGAAGCUUAUGAUCUUCUUAAUGAAGAUGAUCUAUUCAACCAGUUGGAAGAAGUUAUCAAAGAGCUCCAUACUUUGAAUCUUCUCCGCAGCUUGUCGCAUAGCAGGCCCAGCCUACGCGUUCUAGAACUUGGAGCUGGUACUGGGACGUCCACAUCUCAGCUGCUAGAUGAGCUUGCCGAAUCAUAUUCCGCCUAUCAUGCGACAGACAGUUCGGUUCAUGCCAUCGAUAUGUUGAAAGACCGCUUCAAGAGUUUCCCAAAGAUGAAUUUCACUGUCCUUGACAUCGGCCAGUCACUGGUGGAACAGGGGUUUGAAGGCGGACAAUAUGAUUUGAUCAUCGCCAACAAUGUGCUUCAUCAAACGCCGAACCUAAAAGAGGGUCUUGCAAAUGUACACAGGCUUCUCAGCCCGAACGGUUACCUUAUCGUCCAAGAGCUGUCACAUGCUGCGAAAUGGGCCACCGUAAUCUUCGGGAUCCUUCCAGAUUGGUCAAAAGGUGGCGAAGCAAGAAGCACCUUUGAGGCCACCAAGGAAGCUGCUGCUUGGAUCCGAGAGCUUGUGAUGUCAGGUUUCGAAGUCGAUGGUGUCAGUGGUGAUUUGGAGUCGCAGGCUUUACUCAACACCACCAUAGUUGCACGGCCGAGCCUUCUUGCAAGAUCUCCGACAACAAAGAUAUCUCUGUUAGUUAGCGAAGACUCUGAUGUGUCUAAGGUCUUGAGUGUAGACCGGAAGUUGAGAGAACGAGGCUAUGAUGUCUCACAUGUUACCCUCAACAAUGUUCCAAUCGCGGGGCAGGAUAUCAUCUCUCUUUUGGAUUUGAGUCACCCAUUCUUCGAGUGUUUCGACUCCAAGAAGUACGAGAACCUCCAGAACUUUGUUGCAAACGUCAUCGACUGCGGAAUUUUCUGGCCGACGCGGCUCUCUCAGAUGCAUGUCACAGACCCUCGCUAUGGUCAGGUCAUUGGUUUUGCACGCACCAUCCGUAACGAGUCGGGUAUAGACUUUGCUGUCUGCCAAACCGAUCUGGACUUCGCCGACGACAAAAUAUUCGAAGUGUUUAAGAGAUUCACCGAAAGACAGACGGGUGACAUCCUCAAACCGGAGUUGGAAUAUGUGAUUGCCAAUGGACAAGUUCAGACUGGACGUUACUAUCCUCAUUCGAUCCCUGAUGAGCUGGUGACAACAAAGCCCGAUGGACCAGCUUUGUUGACUGUCGAGAAGGGGUCUCGCCUUCGUGGUCUUCAUUGGGAGCGCCAGAACGAGCAGACUCCACAGGGUGACGAAGUCCAGAUCGAUGUACGCUACAUCGGACUCAAUCGAAAGGAUGUCUUGAUCGCAACGGGUGCUAUAGACACGGUAAAUCCCGCUCUGGGUAUCGAAGCAGCCGGAGUUGUUCUAGCAGUGGGUCCCAAUGUGAAGAAAAUCCGUGUCGGAGAUCGGGUUAUGGCCUUCUGUGAGAACAAUGCCGCAUCGAUCAUUACAGAUUCCGAAUCAUACGUCGCCAAAGUCCCAGACAGAUUAGCUCUAGCGGAUGCAGCGACCAUGCCAUUUGCAUACAUCAUGGCUCUGUAUGCUCUACUUCACGUGGGCGGCUUGGAAGAAGGACAGUCUGUCUUGAUCCAUGGUGCAGCGGGUGGAGUGGGACUUGCUGCGCUCCAGAUAGCUGACAUGAUCGGGGCUAAUGUAUUUGCUACCGUCGGUUCCGACGAGAAGGUAGUAUAUCUCACUGAUACAUACAACAUACCGCGGAAUCAUAUCUUCAAUUCCAGAAAUAUAUCCUUCGCGGACGCACUACUCCGCGAAACAGGUGGGAGGGGGGUUGACCUGGUCUUGAGCCCAGUAUCACCCGAGCAUCAACAUGCGACGUGGCGCACUGUUGCUGAGUUUGGGAAGUUGGUCGACAUUGGGAAUAAGCACCUCUCGCGCGACGCCAAGACUGUCUUCAAUGUUUCCUCGGGCAACAGGAGCUACACAUGCAUCGACAUUGGACACGUUCGCAAGAACAAGCCAUUGAUCAUUUCCAGACUUCUCAAACGCACUCUGAAGCUUUACUCAGAAGGUCACAUUGGACCAAUACGUCCUACCAAGAUAUUCCCUGCCACCGACGCACUUGAAGCGAUUGAGUACAUCCAGGAUGGAGCUCAGCUCGGUAGGGUGAUUCUCGAGCUACGAAACGAUGCAGGAGACACACAUCUCACCUCGGGAGUGACAGAGCAACGACGCAACCCUCAAUUCGAUCUUGCUGCCUCAUACCUCAUUGUAGGGGGUCUCGGCGGCCUCGGACGUUCGGUCUCUGUUUGGAUGGCUAUGCACGGUGCACGGAGCCUCAUUUUCCUGUCGCGCAGCGCGGGUAAACGUGCUGAAGAUGCCGACCUCGUACACGAACUCGAAUCGAUGGGAUGCAAGGUGCAGUUGGUGCAGGGCAGCGUCGCUACUAAGGACGACGUUACGCGUGCUAUCAGCAAUGCCCAUGCACCGCUAAAAGGCAUACUGCAAAUGUCAAUGGUGCUCCGCGACACGGCUUUCGCGAAUAUGUCGUGGGAUGACUGGCGAGCUGCGACAGAGUGCAAAGUACAAGGUACCUGGAACUUGCACGAGGCGAGUAUCGAUGCUGGGAACAAACUUGACUUCUUCGUCAUGUUCAGUUCAGUUUCCGGUAUCGUGGGCAAUAUGGGCCAAGUGAACUACAACAGCGCGAACACUUUCCUCGAUGCAUUCUGUCAGUACCGUGCUGGCUUGGGUCUCGCGGGCUCAACACUCAACUGUGGUGUCGUCGAGGAUGUGGGUGUCGUUGCUGAGAACCAGGACAUCCUGCGUCGCUUCCGGGAGCAAGACAUUUGGACUAUCAAGGAGCGAGACGUCAUUGACGGGCUGCAGCUCGCAAUGGAUCAGCCAACACUCCGUCCUGGCGAUUUUGACGGCUGGGUAUCCCCCAAUACCUUCAUGCUGGGUAUACAAACUACUACUCCGCUCAGUAGCCCGAAAAGUCGUGCUGUCUUCCGGUCCGAUCCUCGCUUCGCAUUCUACCACACCCUGGGCUCCAAGUCUAACGACUCUGAGUCAGAAACCAGUACUGCUAGCGACGCCGUGCUAAAAACCUAUAUUGCGCAAGCCAAAGCCGACCAUGCCAUUCUCAACACACCUGAAGCAACGUCAUUGCUCUCGCAUGAGAUUGGCAAAAAGGUGCUUGCACUGCUAGUCCGGGGCGAUAGUGACGUAGACACGAGUCUGGGUCUUGCCGAUUUGGGCAUCGAUAGCUUGCUUGCGAUUGACAUGCGUAUGUGGUGGAAACAGGUGUUUGGGUUUGAUAUCAGUGUCUUAGAGAUGCUGGGAAUGGGUACGCUGGAGCAGUUGGGCAAGUUGGCAGCAAGUGGCUUGUUGAAACAGUGGGGCGUUGCAUGAGCGGAAAGUGGAGUGCGUUUAGUGGUGAGUAGACUCUGCUCUCGAUGCUAUGGGUACAAGUUUGGGUUGUUGUGACAAACUAUAGGGCUGCUAAUUUAGCCUGGCGAUAUAUUUUUAUGAACAUUUCCGCACUCAAAUUACCUUCACAGAACCAGCGAUAGCUCAACAGGCAACGCUGGGAUGUAGAUGUCUUUUCUUUAGCCUAGUGCUCGAAGUGCGAGCUACAUGCCUUAGGACCCGAUAUCGACUUGGGGGUGGCCAAAUGUGCUUCACCUACUGACGGACUUAAAGGAAAGCAUGUUAUACUACGCCCCUCUUCCUCAUUUAGUAUAGAGCUAAGC